AUGCACUUGGGCCCUACAUUUCAGGAAUGUUCCGCACUUUUAGACCCUUUGGCUAAUGAAUUGUUCUAUGAACGAGAUUCAGUCUGUGUAAACCUCACAUUGGAAAAUAUCACCUCCUUGCUAGGUUAUUGUUCACAGAUUCGAGAUUUGGAACUCGAAGGUGUGUUUAGCAAACCUAUGGUGUGGAUUGGGAUAUACAUUUCAAUAGCAUCAUUAUUUUGCAUCGUUGCCAUGGGAGCUGAUUUAUUGCAUGGUUUCCGAAAUAGAAAAUUUUGGUUUCCAUGUAACUAUUUCACGCUCAAUGCUGCUUCAAUCACAAUGAUAGCCAUCGCCAUGAAACUGCCUGUGGAUCUAACUAGUUUGUUUGAGAGUUGCUUGGACCAAGCAACCAAGAUAGGAAGCAUGGCCUUCAUGUGCACAAUGAUGGCUAACUUUAUUCCUUCUUUGGCGUCUAUGGAAAAUGAUACACUGCUUGCAAAUGUCAUAGGUUUGGCCAUUCUUGUUAUCACUGUGAUUGUGAAUAUUUGCAUUCAAAUUAGUACUGGUGCUAUAAAUGAUCCGGAUAUUGUUACUCACCCAACUAACAUCAAUGUCCUGAAUUAUAUGGUAAACAGCUAUGUGGCUAUAUCACUCUGGCUAUUGAUAAUAUUGAUUUCUUCCGCUAUAACAAUUCCUGCUUUUAAGCAACACCUUGAAACUAAGUACCAAGUUACUACGAAAAGAACUUUAUAUGGUCAAGAUAGCUUAGCAUCUAUAGUUGAGAAACUAAACCUAUAUUUGAGAAGAUACUGGGUUAUGGCAGAAACUGGUAGCCCUCAAUUUGUGAUGGCCAGUAACCCUUUAUCAAUUGCUUCUGACAUAAUUUGCGUAUUUAGUUUCAUCUCAUACAUAGUUUUGAUGUACUAUACCAUUCCAGCUACUAUGUAUAGUGGUUCUGCUUAUGAUCGGAACGGCAAACUUAUAUAUAGAUUAUCUAGCGGAAAGGAAUCAGAUUAUAAGUGGUCAAUGUAUUUCAUUGCUAUGACACAGUCCAUUGGAGUAGUAGUGGGUAGUAUCGCUCCAAUAUUUAGAUGUUUUAUGAUAAUCAACUUCGAAUCGUUCACUAAACAGAAUAAGAACCAAUUCAUGAUCUUCAAAGUAGAGAAGUACUGGAUUCAAAAGCUAGGUGAGUGGAAAGGAGGUCACCUACGUCCUUUAUCAAGCCGUUCCAAGUCAAGAAUUCUUGCCCUUAAACUGAAAAACCAAUUUCUAGGUAUUUGCAUCGGGACUCAGAAGAUAAUUGUUGUAUCAAGCAAAAUGAUGGGGCUCAUUCCAGUAGUGUUUCUGAUUUGCAUCAUGUAUUGUUCAUAUUGGUGGAAGUCAAUGAUGGCAAGGUUGUUCGUCCCAUCCGAUACCCCAAAAAUUGAUGAAAUAAAUGAAGACCUUUGGAAUUACGUUUUGCAACUUGAAGAUGAGAUGGAGCUUGGUGAAGGAACGCUCAAACGCAUUUCAAAUUCCAUAGAUCAAUUGAUCAAAAAGGCUGAGAAGAAACAACAAAAGAAUCUGCUGAUGCUUCUUGAGAAGUAUAACGGAUUUAGUGGAGUGGAGAACUUUAACAACGAUCAAGUUCCACCUCUAACUUCCUUUAAACUUGUUAACAGUUGGAGCUUGCCAGUUGUAACUAUGACAUGCAUUGCCAUCGCUCUCCCCAAUAUUUCCAAGGACAAGAUUGAUAGCUUGUUUAAAAGUGUACGCGAAGGUCUUUUGUACACUCAUCUCGUGGAAGAAUGCCUCAAUAAUACAUGUGAAUAUGGAAAUAUCCGAAAUGCAACUAUGACCUUGUGGCACGAGGUUGAAGAGAAGUCCAUAUGGUUGGAGAACACUUUGGAAACACUUGCUUAUAGAGGAAAAACAUCAAUAGAGAUUCUUCAGUGGUUUGCUGAUAAAGCAGAAGAAAUUAUCAUGCAUAUUAUUUCUACCAACAAAGAAGUAAUGGAGAACACUCCUAAGAAGUUGAUUCUUGCCAAUUCGAUGUACCGUAUCACACGAACAAUCUUGCUUAACUACCAAAGCAAUGUCAAACCUAUAAGUGAAGAGGAGUUGUUUGCACUAUUAUCUAGCAUGAUUGCAGACAUACUGUGUGCUUGUUUCACUAACAUACCACGAGUUAUAAUGAUGAAAUGCCAUGGAAGUGUAAUAGAGAAACGGGAAGCCAGUGUUAAGGCUGCUGCUAAGUUGUUUGGUAGCUCGAAAGAGGUAGUAAAAAGACUUGACACAUGGGUAUUGCCGAGUAUAGAUCCUAAUAAAAUGCCAUUUAUUGACGAGUGGAAUUUUCAUAUGAAGCAAUCGAUCCCUUGA